UUCAACACCUGUAGCCACCUUGGUAGCUCGCUAGCCAACAAAGUCGGAACAUUUAAGUUCUUUAGACAAUUUCGUGGUUUAUUUGCCACUAUGAUUUAAACAUACUUAUGUGGAAAAAACUAGCUAACCCAUUUAAUUUAAUAUUUACGUUGUAAGUCAACUAGCUGGCUGGGUAAGUUAGCACAAGGCUAGUCGCUAAUGCUAACUAGCUAUUAUCCCCGACCAUGAGCUCACUAAGCUACUCUCCUGAUAAAGAAGAGGUCUGCUGGACGGAGAAAGAAACUCUCGUCAAAGAGGAGGAGGAAGAAAAGCCUGUUACAAUACAAAAACAAGUAGAGGGUGAGGCUGUUACAGUGAAAGAAGAAGAGAAAGAUGUUACAGUUAAAGAAGAGGAAGACGCCUUAAGAGUGAAAGUGGAGGAUGAUGUUACUGUGAAAGAGGAGGGGGAAGAUGCAGUUUUUGGAGUGGAGAAUGACGUGAAAGAAGAUGAAGACGUGUUUGGAAUGAAGGAUGAAGAGGGGGAGAUUACUGUCACAUUAGAGGAGGAGGAAGAAGAGAAGCCUGGAGAACUGAUUAACACCAGUAAAUACAGAGAGAGACGGGACUAUCGUGGAUUCUCUGGGGAGCCUCAACAACACUGUGAAGCUGACGAGGCAGAGAAGAGUCUCUCCACAUCAAAACACCUCAAUAAACAACAGCAGAGACCCACAGGAGAGAAAUCUUACUGCUGCUCUGACUGUGGGAAACAUUUCUCAAGAUCAAAUUCACUAAAAGUACAUCUGAGAAUUCACACUGGAGGGAAAUCUCACUGGUGCUCUGACUGUGGGAAAGGAUUCAACUCUACAAUAGACCUUAAAAUACAUCAUAGAAUUCACACAGGCGAGAAAUCUUAUGGCUGUGAUCAAUGUGGGAAGAGUUUUUCUCAGCUUAAAACCCUGAAAUCACACCAGAGAACACACACAGGAGAGAAACCUUAUGGCUGUGAUCAAUGUGGGAAAAGUUUUACUGUGUCAAGCUCCUUGAUAGUGCACCAGAGAACACACACAGGAGAAAAGCUUCACCAUUGUUCUUUUUGUGGGAAAAGCUUUUCAACAUCACACACCUUGAAGGUGCACCAGAGAAUGCACACAGGAGAGAGACCUUAUAGCUGUAAUCAAUGUGUGAAGUGUUUUUUUACAUCUAGCAAUCUGACUAAACACCAGAGAACACACACAGGAGAGAAACCAUAUAGCUGUAAUCAAUGUGGGAAGAGUUUUGCUCAAUCUGGAGAUCUGAAGGUACACCAGAGACUACACACAGGAGAGAAACCUUAUGGCUGUGAUCAAUGUGGGAAGAGUUUUAAUCAGUCAAGCAGCCUGAUAGUACACCAGAGAACACACACAGGAGAGAAACCUUAUGGCUGUGAUCAAUGUGGGAAGAGUUUUAUUCAGUCAAGCAGCCUGAUGGUACACCAGAGAUCACACACAGGAGAGAAACCAUAUAGCUGUACUGAAUGUGGGAAGAGUUUUGUUACAUCUGGCUGUCUGAUGACACACCAGAGAACACACACAGGAGAGAAAUCUUAUAGCUGUGAUCAAUGUGGGAAGAGUUUUACUCAGUUAAACAGCCUGGUAUCACAUCUGAGAACACACACAGGAGAGAGACCAUAUAGCUGUAGUCAAUGUGGGAAGAGUUUUAAUUGGCUUAACAGCCUGGUAUCACACCAGAGAACACACACAGGAGAGAAGCCUCAUAGCUGUAAUCAAUGUGACAAGAGAUUCUCAGAUAAAAGAUAUCUGAUUAAACAUCAGAAAAUACAUAGUUGAAGGAGUUGUUUCAUGAUGUCAAUGUAAUGUCACUAUGUUUUUAAUCAUUUUUAUUAUGUCACAAUGUGGAACCCUAAAUGUUUGUUCAAUUGAUGUUCAUUGUAAAGGGUUUAAACACUGUUUCCCAUGCUUGUUCAAUGAACCAUAAACAAUUAAUGAACAUGCACCUGUGGAACGGUCCUUAAUUAAGACACUAACAGCUUAGAGACGGUAGGCAACUAAGGAGCGGCCUUUCUACUGAGUCUGAAAAACACCAAAAGAAAGAUGCGCGGGGUCCCUGCUCAUCUGUAUGAACGUGCCUUAGGCAUGCUGCAAGGAGGCAUGAGGACUGCAGAUGGGGCCAGGGCAAUAAAUUGCAAUGUCCGUACUGUGAGACAGGGAGCUACAGGGAGACAGGGCGGACAGCUGAUCGUCCUCGCAGUAGCAGUCCAGACUGUCCGCAAUAGGCUGAGAGAGGCUGGACUGAGGGCUUGUAGGCCUGUUGUAAGGCAGGUCCUCACCAGACAUCACCGGUAACAACGUCGCCUAUGGGCACAAAUCCACGGUCGCUGGACCAGACAGGACUGGCAAAAAGUGCUCUUCACUGACGGGUCGUGGUUUGUCUCACCAGGGGUGAUGGUCGGAUUCGCGUUUAUCAUCGAAGGAAUGAGCAUUACACCGAGGCCUGUACUCUGGAGCGGGAUUGAUUUGGAGGAGGAGGGUCCGUCAUGGUCUUUGGCGGUGUGUCACAGCAUCAUCGGACUGAGCUUGUUGUCAUUGCAGGGAAGACAUCCUCCUUCCUCAUGUGGUACCCUUCCUGCAGGCUCAUCCUGCCAUGACCCUCCAGCAUGACAAUGCCACCAGCCACACUGCUCGUUCUGUGUGUGAUUUUCUGCAAGACAGGGAUGUGUUCUGCCAUGCCCAGCGAAGAGCCCGGAUCUCAAUCCCAUUGAGCAAUUGAGCACAUCUGGGACCUGUUGAAUCAGGGGGUGAGGGCUAGGGCCAUUUCCCCCAGAAAAUGUCAAGGAACUUGCUGGAAGAGUGGGGUAACAUCACACAGCAAGAACUGGCAAAUCUGGUGCAGUCCAUGAGGAGGAGAUGCACUGCAAUUCCUAAUGCAGCUGGUGGCCACACCAGAUACUGACUGUGACUUUUGAUUUUGACCUCCCUUUGUUCAUGGACACAUUAUUCAAUUUCUGUUAAUCACAUGUCUGUGGAACUUGUUCAGUUUGUCUCUCAGUUGUUGAAUCUUGUUAUGUUCGUACACAUGUUAAGUUUGCUGAAAGUAAACGCAGUUGACAGUGAGAGGACGUUUCUUUUUUUGCUGAGUUUUUUUGUUGUCUUAAGGGGGAAAGUGUUACGAGCUUUGGUUUUUCCAUUUAUGUUUUGAGGUUGGACUUAAGCACAUAUAGCUCGUUAGCAUGUAGGGUGCACUGAUUGUCUCCUCCUUAGUCAGUAUGUGUUACACCUGUGCUGGCUUGUCCAUCUCGUUAAUUGGAAGGCGUUUCACCUGAGCUGGCCCAGGUUCUAUUGACGAGUGUCUGGCCCAGUGUUCCAGGUUCUAUUUAAGAGUGUCUGGCCCAGUCCUCCAGGUUCUAUUGAAGAGUGUCUGGCCCAGGUGCUAUUUCAGGAUGGCUUUAAAUAUAGGAUGUAUUUGUUGUCUUAAGGGGGAAAGUGUUACGAGCUUUGGUUUUUCCAUUUAUUUUUUGAGGUUGGACUUUAGCACAUAUAGCUCGUUAGCAUGUAGGGUGCACUGAUUGUCUCCUCCUUAGUCAGUAUGUGUUACACCUGUGCUGGCUUGUCCAUCUCGUUAAUUGGAAGGCGUUUCACCUGAGCUGGCCCAGGUUCUAUUGAAGAGUGUCUGGCCCAGUGUUCCAGGUUCUAUUUAAGAGUGUCUGGCCCAGUCCUCCAGGUUCUAUUUAAGAGUGUCUGGCCCAGGUGCUAUUUCAGAAUGGCUUUAAAUAUAGGAUGUAUUUGUUGUCUUAAGGGGGAAGGUGUUACAGGCUUUGGAUUUUCCAUUUAUAUUUUGAGGUUUGACGUUAGCGUGUAUAGCUCGUUAGCACGUAUUGGUUACACCUGUGCUGGCUUGUCCAUCUCGUUAGUGGGAAGGUGUUUCACCUGAGCUGGCCCAGGUGCUAUUUAAGAGUGUCUGGCCCAGUGCACCAGUUGUCUUGAUAGAUGUGGAGAGUCAACACCUUUAGUUGUUCCACCUUUUUGGUUUGCUUCCUGUCUUUAAGUUUGUUGUGGGUUUUAAUUUUGUUUUCCUCUUCUUGGGAAGAUUUAGUGGGUCUCAUGGUGGGUGUCUUUUAGGUCCCAGUUGUUACUAGUCAACUUUCAUUGGACACUGUGAGAGCAAAAUUGCAAGAUUAUGUUAUAAUACAUUUAUUGCGUCAAAUGGUUGUUUUAUGCAACAGAAUUGAGGGUUCUUAGAACUAUUGUGUCUGUGUGUUCUACUGAGGAUGGGCCUCUGGGAGAUAACACUGACAGGAGAUUUACAAUGUCUUUUGGGUGAUAAAACCUAAAGAGACCGCAUUCCAGAGCAUGAGUUAAUGUUUCUGUUCUAUAUGGUACCAGGGAGAGAUGACCCCAGGGCCAGACCCUGGUCUCUACACAAAGAGUAUUGUUUUAAAUCAGAUACUGUCUGCUGAGAAUAAGUAUCUUUCAUACAAAUCUUAACCAUGUGACCCGUUCUAUACAUCUAUUGUUGGUCAUGUAGGUUGAAAGGGGUGUAUCUUGGCUGUAAAAUACCUUUGUACUUUUGUCUCUGGGCUCUCAACGAAUAGUCUAGGAGUGAUUUGCCAACCAGAUAUCAUUAUCGUAGAGCACUCAAUUGAUUCGCUUUAUAUGUGUGCGUUGUAUUGACCUGCUCCCUUAUUAAUAAGCGAAUAAAGAUUUAGUUUAAGAAUAA